AUGAUGAGAAAUGUCAAUUGCUUUAAUAAUUCUCUCACAAAUUCUUCCCUCUCAUAUAUUUCUAUUUUAUCUAAUGAAAUAUCGAUAGAAAGCUUUUAAGUCAACAAUCAUAAUUACCAUAAUCAAGAGUUUUGGGUUAAAUAUUACGAAAUUCAGUUUUAAGACAAUUAUAAUGAAAAUGAAAUUACUUAUAUUAUUUCUCAAUCAUAUAAUAUUGAAACUAUAGGAGGAGCUUUAUCAACAACGGUGACUAAAUUUACAUUUAAAAAUGGUUUAUUUAGUUUUAUUAAAACAUAAGGCAGUCAAAUUUUUAACAUUAAUUUAAAAGGAGAUGGAAUAGUGAGUAUAUCAGACUGUACUAUUAAUCACGCUCAUAAUUAAUUAAUUACAACAUAUGAAUAAGAUGGUGCUUUUACAAUUAGUGGCAAAAAAAGUUUGUUAACUCUUUAUCUUAAUAAUAUUAUUUUAACAGAUGUAUUAAAUAAACUAUCAUCAUCAAUCUUUUCAAUAUAUCCAUCUUCUUCAAAAAAUAAUCUAGAAUUAAAAAAUAUCAUUGCUAGGGACUGUUUCUCCCUUGUUGAUUAAAUAUUGAAUUUUAAAUUAGAUUCUUAAACCGUUUUAUAGAACAAUGUGAAAAUAGAUAAUUUUACAAUGAUUUAGUCUGAGAAAGCCUUUUUAGCAUAUGUUUCAUCUAUAGGAAAAGUUAGUUUAGUAGAAAGACAAAAAAUGUUUACUGAUAAUGCAAUGAUGAAUUUUGUUAGAUGUAAAUUAAUCUUAAAUGAUAUUAAAAUAGAGGGAAUCAUAUUAUCAUCGAUCAUAAAAAUUAUGGAUUCAAAAUAAAUAAAAAUUGCUAAUUCUAAAUUCACCAAUAUUUAAACAUUUUAUGCCAUAAAUUUAGUAGAUGUCUCAUAAAGCAAUGACAUGGAAUCAAAGAUACAUUUUUCUAAUAUUACAAUCUAAAAUCUUCUUGAUUUUAAAUUUAGUAGAAUAAAUUAAUAAUAAAAUAAUUAUAAUUAUAUUCAACUUAAUUCAUCCUAAUGUAGUUUAUAUACUAUUUAAUUAAUAAAUCAGAAAGAUUUGGUAUCAACCUUUUUUGAGGAAUUUGUUUCGAAUUCGAAUUAGAAUGGAUCUUUGAUUAAAUUGAAAAGCAUCACCAAUCUAACUCAAAUUUCAUUUACUAAAAUUAUGUCAUUUAAUAAUGAUUGUUAAAAUUGUUGGAAUGGCUUACUAUAUUUAGAAAUAAUCGAUUUCUAAAAAGCUCUAAUCUCAGAACUAUAAUGCAUUAUGAACUCCAUAAAAAAUUAUGGUUGUAUUUCGGCAAAAUCAGAUAAAAAGAUAGACAGUACAAUAUAAAUUGAUAAUUCAAUAUUCAUUUCUAAUAAGGGGCAGUUAGGAGCAGGGAUUUUUGUCCAAAAUUCAAAAUUUUAUUUAAAAAAUUCCAUCCUUUUGAAUAAUACCGCAUCAUAAAUGGGAGGUGGUUUCUAUUUUUCAGAGGGUUCUUAAAGAUUUACUCCGCAGAAGCAGGAGGGAUAUAUUUAUUUGGGAAUAGCAGUUUAACUAAAACUAAUUUUAUUAAGUCUCUUA